UCGUGGUGUGUGCUUUACUUCGUUUCUAGCCAUGUCUUCUCACAAGACUUUCAGGAUUAAGCGAUUCCUGGCCAAGAAACAAAAGCAAAAUCGUCCCAUUCCCCAGUGGAUUUGGAUGAAAACUGGUAAUAAAAUCAGGUACAACUCCAAAAGGAGACACUGGAGAAGAACCAAGCUUGGUCUGUAAGAAAUCACACAUG